AUGGCAGGAAACGAUUGGCUGAACAGCUACCUUGAAGCGAUACUUGACGUCGGGCCUGGCCUGGACGAUGCCAAGUCCUCUCUGCUUCUCCGAGAGAGAGGCAGGUUCAGCCCUACUCGCUACUUCGUCGAAGAGGUUAUUGGCUUCGAUGAGACCGAUCUCUAUCGCUCUUGGGUUCGGGCUUCCUCCACCAGGAGUCCUCAGGAGAGGAACACCAGGCUGGAGAACAUGUGCUGGCGAAUUUGGAACCUCGCUCGCCAAAAGAAGCAGCUGGAGAGUGAGACAGCGCAGAGGGUGAACAAGCGUCGUCUGGAGCGCGAGCGAGGGCGCAGGGAAGCCACCGCGGAUAUGUCUGAGGACUUGUCGGAAGGAGAGAAGGGAGAUCCGGUGAGUGACGUGUCGGCUCACGGCGGCGACGCCGCCAACAACCGAGCCAGGUUGCCUAGAAUCAGUUCCGCUGAUGCCAUGGAGACUUGGGCCAACAGUCAGAAAGGGAAGAAGCUCUACAUUGUACUCAUCAGCAUUCAUGGCCUAAUUCGAGGCGAGAAUAUGGAGCUAGGACGUGAUUCUGACACGGGUGGUCAGGUUAAGUAUGUUGUGGAACUUGCGAGGGCAUUGGGAUCAAUGCCAGGAGUUUAUCGGGUUGAUUUGCUAACUAGACAAGUGUCGGCACCAGAUGUAGAUUGGAGUUAUGGGGAGCCGACAGAAAUGUUGUCUCCAAGAGACACAGAUGAUUUUGGAGAUGACAUGGGAGAGAGCAGUGGUUCUUAUAUCGUUCGUAUUCCCUUUGGUCCAAGAGAUAAAUAUAUUCCAAAAGAACUUCUCUGGCCUUACAUUCCUGAAUUUGUUGAUGGAGCACUUAACCACAUUAUACAGAUGUCCAAGUCUCUUGGGGAACAGAUUGGCAGUGGGCAUGCUGUCUGGCCUGUUGCCAUCCAUGGACAUUAUGCAGAUGCAGGUGACUCUGCUACUCUCCUAUCUGGCGCAUUAAAUGUUCCAAUGCUUUUUACUGGCCACUCACUUGGCCGAGACAAGUUGGAACAACUUUUAAAGCAAGGUCGACUAUCAAAGGAUGAAAUCAACACAACUUACAAGAUUAUGCGCAGGAUUGAAGCUGAGGAAUUGGCCCUUGAUGGUUCUGAAAUAGUCAUCACAAGCACUAAACAGGAAAUAGAAGAACAAUGGCGCUUGUAUGAUGGUUUUGAUCCUGUAUUGGAGCGUAAACUACGAGCAAGGAUCAGGCGUAAUGUGAGCUGCUAUGGGAGAUUCAUGCCUCGCAUGGCGACAAUUCCUCCUGGUAUGGAGUUCCAUCAUAUUGUUCCACACGAUGGCGAUAUAGAAGGUGAACCAGAAGGAAAUUUGGAUCAUCCUGCCCCCCAAGAUCCACCUAUUUGGUCUGAGAUAAUGCGCUUCUUUACCAACCCUCGCAAGCCUAUGAUACUUGCUCUUGCUAGGCCGGACCCUAAAAAGAACAUCACAACUUUGGUAAAAGCAUUUGGAGAAUGUCGUCCUCUUCGAGAGCUUGCCAACCUUACAUUAAUUAUGGGCAACAGAGAUGGAAUUGAUGAGAUGUCAAGCACAAAUGCUUCCGUUCUUCUCUCGGUACUUAAGCUGAUUGACAAGUAUGAUCUGUAUGGGCAAGUGGCCUAUCCUAAACAUCACAAACAAUAUGAUGUUCCUGACAUAUAUCGCCUAGCAGCAAAGACAAAGGGUGUUUUCAUUAAUCCAGCUUUCAUUGAGCCAUUUGGUCUUACCUUAAUUGAGGCAGCUGCUCAUGGUUUGCCAAUUGUUGCUACUAAAAAUGGAGGUCCUGUUGAUAUUCAUAGGGUACUUGACAAUGGUCUGCUCAUAGAUCCCCAUGAUCAGCAGUCUAUUGCUGAUGCUCUUUUGAAGCUUGUUAGCAACAAGCAACUUUGGGCAAAAUGUAGACAGAAUGGGUUAAAGAAUAUUCAUUUAUUUUCAUGGCCCGAGCACUGUAAGACUUACCUUUCUAAAAUAGCCACUUGUAAACCAAGGCAUCCACAAUGGCAGCGAAGUGAGGAUGGAGGUGAAAGUUCAGAAUCAGAUUCACCAGGUGAUUCCUUGAGAGAUUUACAGGACUUGUCUCUAAAUCUGAAGUUUUCAUUAGAUGGAGAGAAGAGUGAGGGUAGUGGAAAUGACAAUUCUUUGAAUUCUGAUGGAAAUGCUGCUGAUAGAGGGGCAAAACUAGAGAAUGCUGUUUUGUCAUGGUCAAAGGGCAUCUCUAAGGACAUACGCAAGGGUGGGGCUAUCGAAAAAACAGAUCAAAAUCCAAACGCUGGUAAAUUUCCUCCAUUAAGGAGAAGAAAACAUCUAUUUGUCAUUGCUGUGGAUUGUGAUACCACUUCAGGCCUUCUUGAAACUAUUAAAGCCAUCUUUGAGUCUGCUGGAAAGGAUAAGGCUGAGGGCACUGUAGGUUUCAUAUUGUCAACAUCAUUAACAAUAUCAGAGAUACAGUCCUUUCUAAUCUCAGGUGGCUUGAGUCCCAUUGAUUUUGAUGCUUAUAUUUGCAAUAGUGGCAGUGAUCUAUACUAUCCAUCCCUCAAUCCUGGAGAGCGCCCAUUUGUGGUUGACUUGUAUUACCACUCACACAUUGAAUACCGUUGGGGUGGAGAAGGGUUGAGGAAGACUUUAGUGCGAUGGGCUGAUUCAACCACUGAUAAGAAGGGUGAUAAUGACGAACAAAUUGUGAGUCCUGCUGAACAGCUUUCUACCGACUAUUGUUAUGCUUUCAAAGUGCGAAAGCCAGGAAUGGCUCCCCCUGUGAAGGAGCUUCGGAAGUUAUUAAGGAUCCAAGCUCUACGUUGCCAUCCUAUAUAUUGUCAAAAUGGGACAAGACUGAAUGUAAUUCCUGUGCUGGCAUCUCGUUCCCAAGCUCUCAGAUACCUGUAUGUUCGAUGGGGUUUUGAACUGUCAAAGAUGGUGGUGUUCGUCGGAGAAUGUGGUGACACAGAUUACGAAGGACUUCUUGGUGGUCUACACAGAAGUGUCAUACUGAAGGGAGUGGGAAGCAGUGCAAUCAGUCAACUCCAUAAUAACAGAAGCUACCCUCUUUCAGAUGUCAUGCCAUUAGACAGCCCCAACAUCAUCGAAGCAACUGAGGGGACUAGGGGUGCUGAUAUCCAGGCUUUGAUCGAAAAAGUGGGAUAUCUCACUGGAUGAUAGAAAUUGAAAAUCAUUUUAGUAAUAUGCCUCUUCGUGUUUGCCUGCUAUGAAACCCUACUUCUGAGCAAGCAUAUAAUCUGAAAUUUAUCCACAAUGUUCGUAAAGCUUUUUUCCUCCUCUCUCCUCUGUAACUUCUAUAUCAUUCUCUUCGUCACAAACUUCCACAUGAAACAUAUUUCCUCUGGUUUCCCCCCUUAUCUCCUUGUUGGUUCUGUAUCUUACAUAUUACAUUUUUAAUAAAGGCCACUUCUCAUUUCCCGUGCCUUGUUUCUUUUGUCGAUUUUAUACCGGCUUAUCUCGUGACUGGAGAUCACAAUCUCGCUGGAUGGCGAAUAUCCAAUUCCUCUUGUACUCAACAUCCUCUUUCUUCUUUUCCUUUUCCUCGUUAUGCUAUAGUAGGAGCGUACACAAAUAUAUAAAAAAGAGAUUACGAAGAAAAAAAAUCAACAUUCAAGAACCAAGAAUAUAGGAGAUUCAAUUCAGGUCAGUAAAGACAUUGUGCAGAGCUUUUGUGAAUCAUAAAGAAACCACCAGAUGGUUUCUUCUCGAAUAGGGCAUUAGGCUUUGAGUGUCAAGUACAUCGUUGUUUUGUCUUGUGGCACACUUGAUUAGUGGCCCGUGAUAUUUCAUUUAAUGCGAGAAAUCUUGUUAUAGUUUUAUUUA